CCCGGGUUCCCUCCCGUCUCCUCCCCCACCCACCGCUCGCUUCCCGCGAAACGCCCCCAAAAUCCAUCUCCAUCAACCACCCAAAAUCCCCCCCCAAAAAAAUUGAUUGAUUCCCUCCGUCCUCUGAUCUUCCCCCUCCCCGGGCGGAGAAGUUCGUUCCCGAUUCGCGUCGAAUCUAACUAAUCCAAUCGGGGCAAAACCUAGCAGUGCCCGCUCGGAUUCCCUUCCCCGACACCGAUUCCCGAGCGAGAGCGGGGAGCAAGCAGAGCUCGCGAUGGCGCCGCUGUCGUGGCGGCACCACACCCUGCUCCAGGCGCUGCUCACCCGCGGCCCUCUCUCCGAGCGCGACUUCCACGCCGUCUUCGCCGCCGUAUCCGGCAGGAACCCCGCCACUCAUCAACAACUAUUCAAUGAUACACUUCUGAAGAUCAACAAGGACCUCACAUAUUUGCAGUUUGAGUUGCGAGCAUGCAUGAACCAAUAUGAUGGAAUCGUGUAUUAUGGAGUGGUUAAUAACAUUGCUGACGAAGAAUCAAAGCUUGGAACAAAGUAUUCUGUGCCCCAGAUUGCAUUCUACAAGGGACUGUUAGAAGCAAUUGUUCAGGAAGCUGGAAAUGAUGGGAGCAUAACCAGUAUUGACGCUCUCAAUGUCCGGCUUGACAACCAGGUCAUUAUUGUAGAUGGUUCACAGGAAAGCCAAUCUCGUCUUCCUACUUCCAUAAAGAACUUCUCACUGAGCCAGAAAGAGAAAACCCUAGAUGAGCUGAUACGGGAUUGUUGGUUGUCAUACACCUCCACAGGCAAGAUUGGUCUGGGCACCAGAUCAUUUCUUGAUCUCCGAAGCUGGUUCCGUGGUAACGACAUCCCAUCAUGCAUGGUGUGUAACGAAGCUUGUAUAAAGGCAUCUAGCUGUCCUAAUGAGGAGUGCAAUGUUAGAAUCCAUGAAUACUGUCUUAGGAAGAAAUUUUCACAGCGAAAGGCUUCAAGAGCCUGUCCUGGUUGUGGUACCGAAUGGCCCCGUCAGGAUGGUGAAGCUGAUGGUGAUGAUGUGAAUGAACCUGAGGAGGAUCAAGCCCCAUCAGCUAACCAUUCCUCGAGAAAGAGGCGCAAGCGAGUCAAAACUGAACUGGUGGAAGAAAAUGAUAACGCAGGCCCAUCAAUGGCAGUGCCUAGGAGGACCUCAAGAAGCAUGAAAGCCGAAGCAGUUGAGGCUGCUCAAGAGGCGUCUUCUGCAGGAGCUUCGCAGGCAACCAGGACGUCCAAAAGAAGGAAGAAAUGAUGACGGUGGCUAAUGAAUGAUAGGUACUGAGAUUGGCGGCUCUCUUUUGUUAUGUACAUAUGGUAGCUGGUACCUGGUGGUAGUAGAUGGUCAUUUUGAAGCGGCGAUGCUGCAGCUCCUAAUGCUGGCAGAAUAUGUAGCCUUCAGAUGAUGGUGUUACAAACUCCUAGAGCUUAUUUAACUUGUGACAGUAUAUCAAUCUAGCUAAACUGGUGCCAUUUUACUUGUUUGGAAGUAGAGAACCUAUCUCUAUUUGUGCACUCAA